AUUGUUGACCAAAUUUCUGAAAGGCCGAGUCGACUCGGUGUCAGUUGGAUUGAGUUUGUCCAAAGCAGACUCGUUUCCAUCAAAACCUUAACUCCACCCUGACCCCUAAUUUCUAUCCCUCUUCCCUUCUCCCAUUCUCCAACUGAGGAGAAAAAAUCAACACCAACCCAAAAACUAGAGAGGCACAAAACAAAAAUCUUGCUUCUCAUGAGAAGGUAAAAGCCCUAAUCCUCAAAUUCAGACUGAGAUUUCCGAAUCAGAAAAGAACAGGAGAGGCCGAUAGAAAUGUCUCACACAGUCUUCCAACUGGCGCAGAUUAUGCCUCUGGCGCCGGCCCCCAAUUCCUUAUCAUCAAAGUCCUUACUCCCCGCCACCACCGUUCUACGGAGCGCUCUCCCACCGGCUGCCGCGUGUAAGCUCCGAAAAUGUUGCUUCAGUAUCAGGGCUUCAUCUUCCUCGGUGGUUGACGGCGACUCUACUGCCAGACUGGAGACAUGCUUUCAGGCGUCGCCAUCCGCCCCGGAUGUCUUCCCGUCGGCUUCUUCCACCUCAGCGUAUUGUAGCCCGGUUAUGAAGGGGAACUUGAGUUCGCUUAAAUCGGUUACUUUGGAAAAAAAACCGAAGUUGGCUUUUCCGCAGAAGAUAAUAAUAAGUAAAGUUCAGACGAAGAGUCCCGAGCUUUCUACUGGGGGUGGAGGUGGUAAUAUGGGAAAGGGUCUUAAUCAUGGGGGCGGUGAUGGAGGUGACGAUGGUGGUGAUGAUGAUGAUUACUUCGAUAACUUUGAUGAAGGUGAUGAUGGAGAUGAGGGUGGGCUUUUCAGAAGAAGGAUUGUUCUGGGAGAGUUGUUUGAUCGGAAAUUCGUUGAUGCUGUGCUGAAUGAGUGGCAAAAGACAAUGAUGGAUUUGCCUGCUGGAUUUCGUCAGGCCUACGAAAUGGGUUUGGUAAGCUCAGCUCAAAUGGUGAAGUUUCUGGCAAUCAAUGCCAGGCCUACAACUGCAAGAUUCAUUUCUCGUUCUCUACCCCAAGGAUUGUCAAGAGCAUUUAUUGGCAGUACUCAGAAUAUGACUUUGAACCAGUGUUACAAAAUGGUGGCCCGCCAUGCUAAAUUUGUGAAGGAUGGCGGUUAUGGCGGCUGCCAUGGUGGGACUUUACCUGCCGCCAUUAAUAACACUGGUUUGAACAUUGUAGUACUUCAAAUGCUCUGUUUGCCCUUGAUGAUUGCGGACCCAGCCUUUCUUUACAGGCUGCUUCUUGAGCAGGCGACAACAAUCGGUUGCUCAGUUUGGUGGGAAGUCAAGAAUCGUAAGGAGAGGUUGAAGCAGGAAUGGGAUCUUGCCCUCAUCAACGUGCUCACAGUGACAGCUUGCAAUGCCAUUGUCGUUUGGUCGCUAGCCCCUUGUCGUUCGUAUGGCAACACUUUCCAAUUUGAUCUUCAAAAUACACUGCAAAAGCUGCCCAACAAUAUUUUCGAAAAAAGUUAUCCGUUUAGAGAAUUCGACUUCCAGAAGAGACUCCAGUCGUUCUUUUACAAAGCUGCUGAGCUGUGCAUGGUGGGUUUUACUGCAGGAGCCGUGCAAGGUGCUGUGUCUAACUUUGCUGCCAGCAAAAAAGAAGGAAGGUUAUCAGUCACCAUUCCAUCAGUGAGCUCCAAUGCUCUCGGUUAUGGAGCUUUUCUGAGUCUUUAUGCAAAUUUGAGGUAUCAGCUCUUGUGUGGUUUCGAUAGGGCUGUCACCAGCUCCUUUGAUGUCAUUGGUGUAGCCCUUUUCUUCAGCACAGCUAUGAGAGUCAUGAAUGUACAAGUGGGUGAGACAUCUAGGCUGGCCUGGCUUGGUGUGGAAGCCGACCCUUUGGCCCACUCAGACGGUCUUCUAAAAGCGGCCUACAACAGAGCUUCAGAAGGAGGCGAACAAUCUUCUUCCAAGUGGUUCAUAUCCAAAAACUCUAUUGUAUCUGGGCUUGGGCUUCUCGGGCUUAGACAAGGGCAGCCCAACUCAACCUCAGAGGAUGGCCCGCCAGCUCCCAAGGCCCGGAGGAAGAGAGUGGUCAAGAGGAAGGUGGCUACGAGUUGAGACAAACAAAGUUAGUUUUUUUAUUUCUCGACUCUUUUUUUUUUUUUUUUUCAGUUUUGC